AGAGAGAGAGAGAGAGAGAGAGAGGGGGCUGAGGAAAAGUUUUUCUUGUGGGAAAGACGCAGAUGAAGAAAACAGAGCGAGUGAAUGACUGGGCAGGAGACAGCAGGGAGGGGAGGAAACCAGUUGUUUUUCAAGGCGUUUUCCACACAAACCUCCGGACUCCUUCGGACAUGUAUGCGGACAAUGCUGGGAUAACGGGACACCAUCGGUUUCUUCAGCGCAGCGCCGCGUGCCGGUGCCGCCGCUGUGUCCCCUAUGAGCCACCGUACCCCUACUGCAGCGGGCCAGGAUGCCGGCCCACACCGCCCCUGCCGAUAGACCACCCAUGGCUGCGCCAUGGGACAGACGCCGAGGCCCCCCCUCGCCAUAAAGACUUAGGGGAGAGAGCCUUGGCGGUGGACAGGGCUGAGCGAGGCGGUCGUCGCAGCCCACAGAGAAGGCCUGUGUUUGCAGGGCCGGGCCCAUACAGCCAGCCAGACAACCUGAGCCAACACUGCCCCUGGGACUUGAACCCUACCCUGCUGUACUACCCGCCACUCAGACAACAACAGUGCGGCUGUGUGGUGUGGGGUGAUGCGAGGGAACGCCCCCUCAGCACCUGGCCGCUGCCGCCACCGUCUCCACCACUCCCACCUUCACCGCUCAGAGAUCAGGCCCACAGAUACAGAAGGACAUUCAAGCAUGUUUCCCCGGAGGAAGAAGAAGAGGAGGAGGAGGCGGAGGAGGAGGGGGAGGAUGGCUGGGGCGCCUCAAUCCCCCACCUCUAUCACAUGGAGCGACAAACCCACGGUCCCACACCUGGUCGUUUGCACACACCAAACGGCCACUGCGUAUCGGAGCAUGUGAGGCCUGUGUACUCCGAGGGAGGGGAGGAAGGAGAUAGCCAUCCAGCGCGGACCAGGCGGCAGGGUGGAUCAGAGGGGGACUGUAAUGGCAGCGAGGCCUCUCACAAGGGUUUCUUUUCCACCGAAGUCCCACCGAAGCGCUUGAACCAGAGCAAACAGAAAGGGCCGCGUGUCCCUCCCCCCUCCGUCACCCCCAGCCAAGAAACCGCCAAACCUGUGGUGACCAACCAGCACCAAUGCAGGGCUCCUUCCGACCCGGAGAGGCAGAGGGGGAGCCAUGACUCGGUGAGGGAUCAAAUCAGACAAGUGGUCACGGACCUAGAAGAUGUGUUGGGGGGCCUGAAGCAGGUCCACGUGGAGAUGAAAGAGGUGGUGGAGCAGAUUGACCGUCUGACGGCCAGCAUUAACCUUGGUGACGGGCAGCAGAGCAUCGCCCGGGCCGGAUCCGGUCAUUUUUGUGGCGCCUUCCACCAAGGGGACCCCAGUAAAGCGCUGGUGUCCGGUCACAGGCCUGCCUCGGUCCAGGAACCGCUGCACGCAGAAGACGACCCCAUCAUCCUCAGGACGAACUCUCCCUCCCCGGUCCACACGGCAUCUGUUGUCAAAACCAAUCGUGUGGCGGCAUCCUGCCACAUUCGAAAAAUCGGCCAUGACCGGCCCGGCAUGAACGGCCACCCACCUCACCUGUACGCCACUCCGGACUCCAACCAUCUGAGCAAAACCGCUCAGGGACCCCCGCCGCAAAGCCUGGACCCUACGGUCACGAUUGGCUAUACCUCAGGCACAAGAACUCAGAAGCCUCCGCCGUACCCCCAGAACGGGAGGUGCGGGAAGGGACUGUAUCAAACUCCCAAACCCCUUAAGACCUCCGCCUACCCCGGGAGAGGCCGGCAGAGCACUAGCAUGGUGUGAGAGGAGGGGGCCGGGCUGCCCCAGUGCCACGGGGGCCUGAAACAUGAGACCCUGCUACACGGAGUGGAGGUCAGAGAGGGAACAGGCAGGGGGGAGCAACUCGUGGUACGUUUACAUACAAGGCAGGAGCUGAUGCCGCUGAGACGCGCCGUCGAGCGGUGGAACAAGGAGCUCGGCCUGAGGGUGGAAGUAUUUUCAAGGGGAAAAUCCACCCACCACCACCUCCUCCACCUCCGAGAGUCAAGCUGCUCAGUUUAUACAAGCCUGCAAUGCAAAGAACUGUGGAGGGGAGUACACAGAAAGUUACAAGUGAAUUAGUGGCAAACACGAAACUACUAUAAACUCCCACCCGACGACUACGACGAUGAAGAAGCUAUAUUUUCAGAACAGUGUUAACUUAUUUUUUGUUUGUUUUUUUUACUUUCUCUAAGAAAAACAAGUCUUAUUCUUAUGUAACUUAAACUUGACGUGACACCACUUAAACAAAUGCUUGAAAUUUAUAUCAAAGAUUUAUAUAAGCAACGGAUAUAAACCCACUCAUUUGACAGCUAGACGGGAAAACUGCUCUCUCUUCAGCACAUCUAUGGCUUUUACAUUUGCCAAAGACAAAACAUGGAGAAACGAGACAGGAAAUUUGGGAGUGAAGAGCCAAGUGUCGAUUACAGCGCAAACGGGAUGCUUUGUGCUUUCCUCGACUAAAUUAUUCUGACAGUGCCGUCUCCGAUUCUGCAAAUGUUGCAGUGAACCCUCAGUGCCCUACGUUUGUGACUCCAAAUAAACCAGACGAUGUCAGUAUUAUAUUAAGUCCACACCUGGGAAAUGAUUUGUGCACGACGUCUUGGUAGUGUUGUGAACCCAGUGAAUGCAGCGCGCGUGGUUGCAGGAAGUUGGGAGGGCAUUUCUCACGGGCUGAUCUGAAGACGGCGGCGCACGAGCUCUCAACUGUGUGGCCUUAUUCUGUCAGGGCGCCUCGGUGUCCCGGGCCACUCAGGCCAGCGCGUGUGUCCCCGUUUGUUUAAAAUCUUGUCUUGAGGGUUUCACCGUUUACUGUUCGAGGCUUAAAGCUCCUGCCACUAUCAAAGUACAUCUCUGUGUACCCAACGCCCCUGUACCCACCCUCCCUGUGCCCAACCUCCCUGUACCCAACCUCUCU